AGCUAACGCUGGUCCAUGAGGCCCCGCCCCUCCCGCAUCCGCAUCUCUGUCAGACGCGCAGAUUGACGUGCCGCGAUGUCGCUUUCCGCAACGAAGACGCUGAUGGAAUUACAUUCAAACUAAAGAAGGAGAAAAUGUCCGAAGUACGAAAAUUCACAAAAAGGUUGAGCAAGCCUGGGACGGCUGCGGAGCUCAGACAAAGUGUGUCGGAGGCGGUGAGGACGUCCAUUGCUGUGGAGCAGCCGAAGAUCAUCGAGCCGCUGGACUAUGAGAGCGUGGUGUUCCAGAGGAAAGCUCAGAUCCACAGUGAUCCUCAGAGAGACCUGCUGCUGUGGCCAGCUGAUGAUGUUUCAGAGGCACAGAUUGAUCGUCAAAGGAGAACCAUCGUUCCUUCAGUUCCUCAAAAUGCAGAGAUUGAAGCUAAAAGCCUGUUUGCCAAAGAGUGCAUUAAGAUGUACAACACCAACUGGCACGUCAUCAACUAUAAUUACGAGGCCUACUCUGGAGAUUUCCGGACGCUGCCCUGUAAAGGGAUGAAGAUGGAAAAGCUUCCCAGCCAAGUGUUUGAGGUGGAUGAGGGGGAGGAGGACUCGUCAUCUCUUUGCUCUCAGAGAGGAGGAGUAAUGAAGCAGGGCUGGCUCCUGAAGGCCAACUUCAACAACAGUCUGUCUGUCUCGAUGAAGGUGUUCAAGAGGAGGUAUUUCUACCUGUCUCAACUCCCUGAUGGCUCAUACAUACUGAAUUCAUACAAAGAUGAGAAAAACUACAAAGAAUCAAAAGGCUCCAUCUAUCUGGACUCCUGUAUAGAUGUAGUGACGUGCUCCAAGAUGCGGCGCCACAGUUUUGAGCUGAAGAUGCAGGAGCGCAACAGUCACUAUCUGGCGGCCGACAGCGAGGCCGAGAUGGAGGAGUGGGUGAGCACACUGAAACAGGCCUUACAGAGCACGAUGGAGGACAGGAGGAACGGGUCAGAACCUUCUGAAGGUUCUCUGGAUGAGGACAGCAUCAGCCUGGGGAAACCAGAAAAUGUUGCGGAGAGCUUUGGCCGGAGUCUUCAUCCAGAGCUAAUGAAGUACGCCAGAGAAACCGAGCAGCUGAAUAAAAUGAGCAGGAAUGAGGGCCGACAGAAGAUCUUCACCCUGGAUCCGGAGAUGCAGAGAUUGGAUUUCUCAGGCAUCGAGCCUGACGUGAAGCCGUUCGAAGAGCGAUUUGGACGAAGGAUCAUGGUUAGUUGUCAUGACUUGACCUUUAGCCUGCAAGGAUGCGUCAGUGAGAAGAACGAUGGCGUCCCAACUAACGUCGAGCCGUUCUUCAUCAGCCUAGCCUUGUUUGAUCUGUCCAAAGGCUGUAAGAUCUCUGCAGACUUCCAUGUUGACCUCAACCCAGCCUGCGUGAGGGACAUGAUUCAAGACGGCUCUCCUGGAACACCAGAAGCAGGAGGAGGAGACGCAAAUGAAACGGUCAGGGUUAACGGACACGGCCUACCGGUUAUCCAGAGGGUCGCAGAGUCUCUCUUACGCUUCCCCACUCAGGGUAUUUUCUCGGUCACCAACCCUCACACAGACAUCUUCCUGCUGGCACGGGUGGAAAAGGUUUUACAGAAUGGCAUUACCCAUUGCGCUGAGCCCUACAUUAAGACCUCCGACAUCAGCAAGGCUGUACAGAAAGUCCUGAAGACUGCCAAGCAGACGUGCCAACGGCUGGGCCAGUACCGGAUGCCCUUCGCUUGGGCUGCCAAACAGGUGUUCAAAGAUUCCCAAGGCAGUUUAGACACGGAUGGGAAGUUCUCUCCACUCUACCGCCAAGACAGUAGCAAGAUUUCCACAGAAGACCUCAUCAAACUAUUGACUGAUCUCAAAAAACCAGAGAAGAACAAACUUCAGAUAAUCCCUGGACAAAUUAACAUCAGUGUUGAGUGUGUUCCUCCAGACUUGUCAAACUCGGUCACAUCAUCUUAUAUCCCCGUGAAGCCGUUCGAGGAACAGUGUGAGAGGGUUUUUGUGGAAGUGGAGGAGUUUGGUCCAGAAGAGGCUAGAUACAACCACCCAUUCACCAUCUACAAGAACCACCUCUACGUCUAUCCUCAGCAGCUCAAAUACGACAAUCAGAAGACAUUUGCCAAGGCUCGGAACAUUGCAGUGUGUGUUCAGUUCAAGGAUUCUGACGAGGAGGGGGUCGGUCCGUUGAAGUGUAUCUACGGCAAGCCUGGGGAUCCGCUGUUCACCACCAGUGCUUUUGCUGCAGUUUUGCAUCACAAUCAGUGUCCGGAGUUUUAUGAUGAGAUUAAAAUCGAGCUCCCUGUUCAUCUCCAUGAGAAGCAUCACGUUCUCUUUACUUUCUACCACAUAAGCUGUGAGGUUGGCAACAAACCCACCACCAAGAAGCGAGAGGGAGUGGAAACACUGGUGGGUUUUUCCUGGACUCCUUUAUUGAAGGAUGGCAGAAUCCAGUCCUCAGACCUACAUCUUCCUGUGUCUGCUAAUCUACCAGCUGGUUACAUGUUUGACAAGAGCCAAGACUCAAAGAAGACUUGCCCGGACAUCAAAUGGGUGGAAAAUGCCAAACCAUUAUUCAAAGUGCGAGUGAAUGUAGCAUCAACAAUUUACACGCAGGAUUUGCACCUCCACAAUUUCUUCCAGCAUUGCCAGCUGAUGAGGUCAGCGUCACAGGGCAAUCCCGCUGAACUCGUCAAGUACCUAAAGUGCCUACAUGCGGUAGAGACUCAGGUCAUCAUCAAGUUCCUCCCUACGGUGCUCGUUCAGCUCUUUGGAGUCCUCACUAUGGCAAACAAAGAGGGUCAAGACAUUGCUGUCAACUCCACACGUGUCAUCAUUCACAUAGUGUCUCAGUGUCAUGAGGAGUGUCUGGAGCACCACCUACGCUCUUUUGUGAAGUACGUGUUUCGGAUCAACACAUCUUCAGAAAACUCUGUGACGACACAUGAAGUUUUGGCUACAGCUGUGACUACUAUCCUCAAACAAACUGCAGACUCCAACACCUGCAACAAACUCCUCAAGUAUUCCUGGUUCUUCUUUGAGACUAUGGCCAAGUCAAUGGCACAGCACCUCCAGGACGGCAACAGAAUGAAAAUGCCGCGAGCGCAGAGGUUUCCAGAAUCAUUCCACCAAGCGCUGCAGUCUCUGCUGUUGUCCAUCAUGCCUCACAUCACUAUCCGCUAUAUGGAGAUCCCCGAGGAGGCCCGAUGCGUCAACUUCAGCCUGGCCAACUUCAUUAAGCGCUGCCUAACGUUUAUGAACAGAGGAUUUGCUUUCAGUUUGAUAAAUGACUACAUGUGUGGCUUCAGCCUGAAAGAUCCAAAGGUGCUUACAGAGAUGAAGUUCGAUUUUCUCAUGACGGUGUGCAACCACGAGCACUACAUUCCUCUUAACCUGCCCAUGGCGUUCGGCCGGACCAAGUUGCAGCGAGUGCAGGAUUUUAUUUCGUACGCGGCGGAGUGUUUCGGCGUCGUAGAUCAGAGUUUGGAGUACAGCCUGACCGAGGACUACUGUAAGAACCAUUUCCUGGUGGGUCUGCUUCUGCGAGAGGUGGCCGAUGGACUCCAGGCAUGCCCAGAGAUCAGACAGCUGGCUGUGGCCACCCUCAAGAACCUCAUGAUCAAACACGCCAUAGAUGACAGAUACAAUGCUUUUAAGAACCAACAGGCCCGCAUCUGUCUGCUGUACCUGCCAUUGUUUGAGCUGCUCUACCAGAACAUGAGCCAGAUGAACAGCCCAAGGCAACUCAGAAGAAAUAGCCUCGGCCUCACGUACCGGGAUGAUUUGUCAGUGGACAGCCGCAGAAGCAGCUCUAUCGUUGAUAAGGAACCUACCGGUGUCGUCGCCCAGAAUGGACACAGUAGGAAAGGGGAGUCCAGAGGCUCAAUGUAUGGAGAUCCUGGCACUCCAGACAUCAAUGAGUUGAACAGGCGCGGCUCCACUAUGAGCACCGUACCCGCCGCUGGACGUUUGGGACAGUAUGAGAUCAGAGGCCUGCUUCUGUGUUACCUGAACAUUGUAAGAUCCUUGUCGGAUGAAACUCUGACGGCCUACUGGAUGAAAGUCAAUCCACAAGACAUCAUGAACUUCCUCAGUCUGCUCGAGAUCUGCAUAGUCCAGUUCCGUUAUGUUGGCAAGAGAAGCAUCAGCCGGAGUCAGGAACCCUGGGUGUCGAAACUCUUCACGUCUGACAGGAAGUCCCAGACCAUGCCGGUUCUGCGUGGUCGAGGAAGCUUCAUGCAAGCAAAGCUGCAGCAGUUCAGCACUAUGGACACCUCAUUAACCCUGAACAUGGCUGGAGGUCCCACAGAUGCAGAGACCAACCACCAGUCUUUGCUUGAGGGGAAUAUGUCGACAGAAGCCUGCCUUACCGUGCUGGACGUCCUCUCACUCUUCACUCAGAGCUUCAAGAAUCAGCUGCUGGACAAUGAAGGUCACAAUCCUCUGAUGACGAAGGUCUUUGACACGUACCUCACUUUACUGAAAGUCGGACAAUCAGAAGCAGCAAUCAAACACAUAUUUGCCUCUUUGCGAGCCUUUAUCAUCAAGUUCCAGGUUCCCCUCUUCAAGGGCCGUGUAACGCUGUGCGGUUCGCUGUGUUACGAAGUCUUGAAGUGCUGCAUGUCUAAAUUAAGUGUCCUACGUGGGGAGGCGUCUGCACUUCUUUACCUGCUCAUGAGGAACAAUUUUGAUUACACCAAGAGGAAAAGCUUCCUGCGCAUGCACUUACAGGUAUAUGAUGACAGUUUCAGGCAAAUCUCAUGA